CUACCGUCAUGUUCGUUCUCAUCCGGAUUCCAGAAAAGGCCCCAAAUACCCCAGUAAUUUAUCGAUAUUUCUACCCGAGAUGCCGCCGGGAAAAGUUUCAAAUUCAUGCGCUAUGGCCAUCGAAAACAAUAAAUAAAUGGUAAUAUCCACUUGAACAAUACACAAGCAUAAAAUGUCGCCCAACACCUCCCUCUCAUAAUUUACCGCCAUGUCUACCUCUUGCGUUUGCAGCAUCUGCCUCUCCGACUUUGUUGAUCCCGUUUGCACGCCCUGUGGCCAUGUCUACUGCUCGAGAUGCAUUGUAGAAGCCACUAGCGUCCAGCGGGACGAAGGAUAUGCCACAGCUCCAUGUCCAACCUGUCGCAAGCCGUUCUCCAUCGCCGAUGACCCUCUCUCGCAGGAUUUCCAAGAAUACUUUGGCCACCCUCUCCGGAGGCUUUACGUGAAUGGAUUGCGGGUCAACUUUGAGGACAAGGUGAAGAGAUUGGAACAGCGCAUCGCGACUUUGGAGCGGGAGAAUCAGCGGAUCCGAAUGCUAUCAAGAUAUAUGCGACAGAAAGACGGCGAUCGCUCUGUGCCAUGGCUGGCUCGCACUCCGCGCUCUGCGGGUUUAGGGUUCCCAUCCCAGGAGCUACAAGAGCAUAGUUCGUCGCGCAUAAGGUGGUUAGCGAAUGGAUUUCUAUUUGGAGUGAUGGUGUUGGUAGGGUCUGUUGCAGGUCUCGCCUUGUACGAUGCCUUUGGUAGGUACACUCGUUAGGUAUUGGAUUAUUUGAUCUCACCCUAGGUUUUUUUCACAUUGCAUUCGCGUCGUUCGUUAUUACAGGAUCAUUAUAGCGUCUCAAAUUACAUGAAGGUGUAGAGGAUUUGCGCCCUACGACCAUUGUACCCUUACAUUGUUCCUCAGUUACCUUUGUCUCGUUUACUCCCCAUGCC